AUGGCCCAACACAUGACCUACCAGUUUGAAAGGACAUUACUUUUCCACUCAGGAAGCAUCUUGGCAUUCAGCAACGACGGCUCCAUCCAGUCCGACACAACAUGGAAGUGUUCUCCGUCAGCUCCGACCCUGGAUUCCAACAACAACAGCUGGUAUGACGUGGACUAUGAUGAUGCAAGUUGGCUGUCUGCCGUGGAUCAAUAUCCCGGCAGUCCUUAUAUGGGAGUCAUGAGGAUUUGGCUGAAGGAUGAAGAGGACAUGUAUUGCCUCUGGAAUAUCUUUGCCGUCGAACCCGGUCACUGCGGUAUAAGUGCCAGACACUUUACCACUACACCAUCGCCCAGAUGUAGCUUGAAAUUUAAUUUAAUGCAUUACGAAGUGAAUAGCAAUUACAUUUUUUAUGUCAAAUGA